CGUCGGUUGGUUCGAAUCCUCUCUCUCCCUCGUUUCCUCCGUUCGACGAUUGCCAUGGACAAGAAGAAGAUCGCCUUGUUAAGCUCCGACGGCGAGGCGUUUGAGGUGGACGCUGCGGUGGCCAUGGUGUCCAAGACCAUCGAGCACAUGGUCGAGUUCGACUGUGCAGAGGACACGAUCCCCCUCCCCAACGUCACCUCCAGGAUCCUUGUCAAGGUCAUUGAGUACUGCCAAAAGCACGUUCUCGAUGAUCCUGCCAAGUCUUCCGACGACAAGGCAGAACUCAAGUCUUGGGAUGACAAUUUCGUUAAAGUCGACCAAGCCACCCUAUUCGAACUUAUGUUGGCUGCAAAUUACAUGGACAUUAAGGGGCUGCUGGAUUUGUUAUGCCAAAGUGUAGCUGAUAUGAUUACGGGAAAGACACCUAAAGAGAUUCGUAAGACGUUCAACAUCAAGAACGACUUCACCCCUGAAGAAGAGGAAAAAGUUCGUAGGGAGAGUCAAUGGGCGUUCGAAUAACUCUUGGGCGCCGACACAUUUGCUCUGUCUUUUAAACUCUUUAAUUAUUGCAUUAGUUGAUAAAAAAACUUCGUAUUCAAUUUGAUGAAACUUAUUUAUAU